AUGCUUUGGCUCUUGUAUGGAUCAAAUGGGUGGAUUGGUGAACGAUGCCGUGAAAUUUUACAAAUGGCUGGGCAAAAAGUUGUCAGCGGGAAACGGAUUACUUCGUUAAAGGAUGUGGAAGAUGAUGUUGUAACGCACAAACCAGAUAGAGUUAUUUGUGCUAUCGGAAGAACUUAUGGGGAUACUAUACCAAAUAUAGAUUAUUUGGAAAAGCCUGGAAUUUUGGAAAUUAAUUUACGUGAUAAUCUACUAGCACCGCUCUACAUUGCACAGGCAACAACACAAGGUGCGAAUUUACUUUCAUCUAUACCAACAUUAUACUUUGGCAGUGGCUGUAUCUAUGAAUACUCAGAUCCAAACAAUUUGUCCCAUCCAUUUGAAGAAACUGAUCCGCCAAACUUUUUUGGAUCUGCAUACAGCGCUGUCAAAAGCGCCACUGAUCAAUUGAUAAACGGCUAUCCACAUGUUUUAAAUGCAGACUCGUCGUGGAUUACGCUAGAAUUUGAUUUCUACUUCUCUAGUGCACGCAUCCGUAUGCCAAUCUACGAUGACCCAAGUCCAAGAGAUUUCAUAACAAAAAUUCUUGGUUAUCGAAAAAUUACAUCAUUACCCAAUUCGAUGACUGUUAUGUCUGAUAUUUUGCCAUUAUUAUUAGCAUUAACCCAUGAGGGAAAAUUCGGCGGACGAGUGAAUGCGUGUAACAAAGGAUGGGUCGAUCAUGAUUGGAUAUUAAAAAAGUAUGCGGAGAAAACCGGCGAAAAACUAGAUUAUGUGUUGGAACCAAUAAACGAGCAGAAAGAACGUCUAGCAGCAAGACGUUCAAACAAUACUUUAUCAACAGAUAAACUCGAUCAUUGGACAAAAAUACUGCCAUUCGAAACAAAGAAACUGUACUAUGCUCCAAUUGUGCUACCUGAGUUGACCAAAAGUAUUGAAGAUAUAUGCGCACAGCGUGCACUAAUGUUUUCAACGACAGAUUCAACUGUGACUAGAAAUUUAUUAGUUACUGGUGGUUGCGGAUUUAUCGGUAGCAAUUUCAUUAAUCAUUGGUUAAAAAAGUAUCCGAAUGAUACUGUGAUUAACAUUGAUCGUUUGGAUCCAUGUUCCAAUUCAGAAAAUAUUGAUACGUCAGUUUCGACUAAAUACAAAUUAGUUGCAGCCAGUAUUAACAACAAAGAUUUAGUGUUACAUUUAAUGAAGCAGUAUCAAGUGACACAUUUAGUACAUUUCGCAGGUAGUUGUCAUGAAACAGCUACAUUAAAUCCAACAAAUCCUUAUGCGGCUACAAAAGCAGCAGCCGAAUUUUUGGUCAAAUCAUAUGGCGAAAGCUUUAAACUAAAUUAUGUAAGAAAUGAUAAUAUAUGA